UCUAUGAGGGUCAGAAAAUUAUCUCUGGAACGAAACACACCAAAUUUCCUCUCUUUUCUCGCCCAGUGUCCGGCUGUAGUCUAGUUGAGAACUUUUGUAGCUAUGGAAGAACCUCCUUUGGAGUUUGGACCGAAGAAUAUUUUGAUUUAAACCCUAAACUGUACCCAUUUGAUUAUAAUUGAAAAUCCACAAAAAGAAAAAGUUGGAAAAAGUAGAGGAAAAAAAGGGGGAAAAGGAAUUGUAUUAUAACCCGGAAUUUGGAAUGGAAUUGUUCUUGUUCUUGUUCUUGAUCUUGAUCUUCUUCUUCUUCAUUGUUACUGUAAAUUCCAAUCCCCAAAUAUGAAUUAUGGAGUUUUAAAAUGGGUAUUAAUGGCGUUCUAAACAGUACUCCCAAGAUAAUAGCCUUUAUUUUUUAGCCCACACCGACGCAUAAACAAAAAGCACACUCACUCACUCUCACUCGUACACUUCUUUCUCUCUCUACUUUCACUGGUGGAAGCGGACGACUGACGACAAACUCCGCGCUGGCAAAAGAUUCCCUCACCGCCUUCUUCUUUUUUCCUUUUCUUUCUUCUUCUUCUUCUUCUUCUUCUUGUUGAACCCUAAUUCGAUUUUUUUUUUGAAAAAGUUGUAAGGAAAUUUUGAUGGGGUUUGAGUUUUUUUGUGUUUUGAGUUGAUGGGUAUGAUUUUCUUCAGCUUUUGGUGAAACCCAUUUCAGUAAUCGGUGGUUUGAUUUGGUUUUAUACGAGGGGUGUGUUUGGAUGGGCUGUUCGAGCUCUAAGGUCGAUGAGCUUCCGGCGGUGGCGCUCUGUCGGGAGCGUUGUGCGUUUCUUGAUGAAGCGAUUCAUCUUAGAUACUCACUUGCAGAGGCUCACAUGGCGUAUAUUCAGUCCCUUAAAGGGAUUGGUCAUUCGUUGCAUAAUUUCAUUGAAGAGAGCGUUGUUGUUGUUGGUGUUUCUUCUGGGUCUCCUCUGUCUCCGAAGCUUAAUCUUCCUCCUCAUCGGAAGGGUGAUCCUGCAAUUGAAGAAUCUGCUUCUCCUCAUCACCAUCUCUCUCACUCUAAUUCCGGUUCCCACCUCCAUUUUCACUCCGAUUCCGAUGAUGAAUCCGGUUCCGAUCGCUCCCCGCCUUUCGACCUGCAGCACGGUGGCCAUAUGGGUUAUAUGCUUCCGGAUCAGGGUGGUUUAGGUUCAUAUCCCGGCGGCGGUGGCGGUGGCGGUGGUGGUGGCGGUGGCGGAGGUGGAGGGUAUAUGCAUAUGAAUUACAUGAGGAAAUCGGUGACACCCUCUGUGGUGUACGAGCAGAGGCCUAUGAGUCCAGAGAAGGUUUAUCAUGUCGGUGAAUCGUCUUCUUCGUCAGGGCAUUACCCUUAUCCUUACCCGAACAUGCCUUAUAACAGUCCUUAUGGUUACCCCCAAGACGGUGGUGGGUAUUAUGGUGGCUCUGUUUUUCCUCCUGCAUAUGGUUCAAUGCCAUCUGCCGGAGCUUCAGCUUCAUCAUCUAAGCCGCCACCGCCGCCGCCUUCACCUCCGAGAGCUUCCGCUUGGGAUUUCUUGAACCCAUUUGAGACUUAUGACAAGUAUUACAAUGCUUACACGCCGAGCCGGGACUCGAAAGAGGUAAGGGAAGAAGAGGGGAUUCCUGAUUUGGAAGAUGAGGAUUACCAACAUGAGGUUGUUAAGGAGGUACAUGGGAAUCAGAAAUUUGUCGACGAAGGCGGCGGUGGCGAUGGCAUUGGAAAGGGUUCGAAGAUAGCUGCAGAGGAUGAGCGUGGUGGUGGUGAUGAUCCAACGACCUCACUUUACCAAACGAGGCCGAGUGCUGCAGUUGAGGACGAUGCUGUCGAAUAUGAAGUUCGUAUGGUUGAUAAGAAGGUUGACAAGGCGGAGAAGUCUGAGGAGCCAGGCAAUGGUGGUGCAUUCAAGGGCAGGCCUGGCUCACGAGAUGCCAAUGAGGUUGCCAGAGAAAUCGAGGUUCAGUUCAAGAGGGCAUCCGAGUCCGGUAACGAAAUCGCCAAAAUGCUAGAGGCUGGCAAGCUUCCUUAUCAGCGCAAACACGUGUCGUCGAAAAUGCUGCAUGUUGUCGCUCCUUCGCUAUCAAUGGUAGCUUCCCAACCUUCGACGUCGAAGAGUGCCGAUCCUUCGUCUUCUGCAGCUGAGUUAAGUUAUAUUGAAGAGUUCGGGAUGGCCUCUGGCAACCUGUCUUCUACCUUGAGGAAGUUAUAUCUGUGGGAAAAGAAGCUCUACAAUGAAGUUAAAGUGGAAGAAAAGAUGCGGGUAAUUCAUGAAAGGAAGUGUCGAAAGCUGAAGCGUUUAGACGAGAAGGGGGCUGAAGCUCAUAAAGUUGAUACCACUCAAGCUUUAGUGAGGAGCUUAUCUACGAAAAUUCGAAUCGCCAUUCAGGUGGUCGACAAGAUAUCCAUGACGAUCAAUAAGAUUCGGGAUGAAGAAUUGUGGCCACAACUGAAUGAAUUGAUUCAUGGAUUAACCAGGAUGUGGAGGUGUAUGCUCGAUUGCCAUCGUGCCCAGUUCCAAGCGAUCAGUGAAUCGAAAAGCUUAGGUCCCAUUGGAUCGGGUAAAAAUAACAGUGAAGCGCAUCUCGGAGCAACCAAGGAGCUCGAGCAUGAGCUUCUAAACUGGACAAUCAGCUUCUCUAGUUGGAUCAGUGCGCAAAAAGGGUACGUUAGAGCCUUGAAUAACUGGCUUCUGAAGUGUCUUCUGUAUGAACCCGAGGAAACGGCAGACGGUAUAGCUCCCUUCUCACCUGGAAGAAUAGGCGCACCUCUCGUAUUCGUGAUCUGUAACCAAUGGUCACAGGCUUUGGAUAGACUCUCCGAGAAGGAAGUAGUUGAUUCGAUGCGUGUGUUUAGUAUGAGCGUGCUUCAAAUAUGGGAACACGAUAAGCUAGAAUUGCGACAGAGAAUGUUGGAAAACAAAGAUUCGGAGAGAAAGGUUCGAAACUUGGACCGAGACGACCAAAAGAUACAGAAACAGAUUCACGCUUUGGACAAGAAGAUGGUGAUGGUUUCUAAAGAUGAGAAGCGUGUCUCCAUUUCUGGAAACGCUGUGUAUCAAAGCGAGAUGAGCAAUAGUAGCUUGCAGUCAAGUCUGCAACGCAUUUUCGAGGCCAUGGAGAGGUUCACCGCAGACUCCAUGAAAGUGUAUGAAGAGCUUUUACAACGGAGCGAGGAAGAAAGAUUGAAUCGUGAGCAGGAAAAAGUCGUAUAAGGCUCUCUACUUCAUCUGGUUGACGUGUUGUGAUAUUCGAUCGAGCAACCGUUGCUCGAUGAUAGAAUGGUAGCGGGAAAGCUACCAUUGGUGCUAACAACCGAUCCAAAGCUGCUAACUAGCUAGCACACUCGCACCAGACAGAUUCCUGUCGUUUUUUCUCGAGAGACUCGAAUUCUCGGGUUGAUGUUCGAGGAGCAGAAGAUGAAGAUGAUACAUAUGUAUUAUUAUUAUUUUUUUUUUAUCAGAACUUUUUUGUGUUCUUUAAUCUUUGGGUUAUUUUUCUGUGUAUUCAAUUAUUGUACAUAAGAAAAACCAUUUUUGAUAGCAGCAGAGUUCUAUGGAGAAGCCUUGUUAUUAA